UAUUUUACCGUUAUGUAGUACUUCAACUUCCAAAACCAUCUUAGAUUCCGAUCUCACCAUUUUCGGACGAUAAUAAACGACUAAAAUAGCUACAUGUACAGAUAUUAAUGUUAAAUACUUGCAACUUGAGGGCUUGCGGCGGUGGUUCUCAUUUCGGUGGAUCAGAUUCCGGAAGCAAAGACAUUUUUUUGGGGGUUGUAACCUCUCUCGGGUUCGGUCAAAGGGUUUGUUGAUAAGAUAGGCUUGGGAUAGAGAUUUCACUCGCCGGGGGGGUGGGGUUUGGCGGGGAUCACAUGGGCUAAGACGUUCCUUUCUUCGUGGUCCUGGUGAUGUGAAGCUUCUUCUCUGAUUGAGUAGAUGUUGCUGGCUUUCUUGCUUGGUGGGGUCAUCGAGGUGGGACUCUGGGUGUGCAUCUCAUGCUAGUGUUAGGGUUUCCGAGGGGAACAGCUCGGUGUUAGAAGGGCAGGAUUUGCAGCUGACUUGAAGCCAAAGUCGGGAGGUAAAAGAAAGGAUUGUUAUGAAUGUAUGGGAAGAGCCUCUUCAUUGGGACCGUUUUCUUUGCCUUCUCCAUUUGCAAGAAGUAUUUUGUGUUAAUUUCCCCUUUAGGUAGGAGUCUAUAUCCAGGGAGAAAGGGCGGUUUUUGAAGGAUCCGGAGUAAUUUCGGGUAUCAUUUCCAAUUGAUUUUUCAGUACAGGUUUGGUCAUGUUUUUCCUAUUUUCAGACAUGGUGGGGGCCUUCUGGUAUCUUUCUUAGAUAUCUUUUAAGGCAGUUUAGGACUUCAAUUACCCAACUUGGUCCACCUUUUGCUUCUUGGAAUGCCUCGUUGAUGGAGGCCACCUUUGGGAAGUGCUGCUAAUUUUUCAUUCGCUUUCAGUGGUGAAGUUUUGUGUUAUAGUAAAGUUCUUGGAGCUGGUCAUGGAAGUUUGAGAUUCGUAUAUGAUCAUGGAUGGCCCAUCCAGGACCAUAGUUUGGUUUAGGAGGGACUUGAGGAUUGAGGACAACCCAGCCUUAGCAGCAGCCUCCAAGGACGCAUGCGUCCUCCCUGUUUUCAUAUGGUGCCCGAGUGAAGAAGAGCAAUUUUAUCCGGGUCGAGUGUCUCGAUGGUGGCUGAAGCAGACGCUUGCCCACCUCGAUCAGUCCUUGAGGUCUCUUGGAGCCCCCCUGGUGUUGAUCAGAGCAGAGAGCACUCUUGCAUCUCUUUUGCAGUGCGUUGGUUCGAUUGGGGCCACUAGAGUGGUUUAUAACCAUCUAUAUGACCCUGUUUCACUUAUUCGGGAUCAUAAAAUAAAAAAUCAGUUGGUGGAUCUUGGAAUCUCUGUGCAAAGUUUUAAUGGUGAUCUGUUGUAUGAACCAUGGGAAGUGUAUGAUGAGAAUGGCCACGCUUUUACAACUUUCAAUGCAUAUUGGGACAAAUGCAUGAGCUUGCCAAUUGACCUAACUUUGCCUCUUCCUCCUUGGAGGUUGGUGCCACCUGCAGGGACAGAAAAUGUUCAAAGCUGCUCACUUGAGGAGCUAGGACUUGAAAAUGACACAGAGAAAUCAAGUAACGCAUUGCUGAGCAGGGGAUGGUCCCCAGGUUGGGCCAAUGCAGACAAGAUGCUAGCUGAAUUUAUUAAUGGGCAUCUAAAGGAAUAUUCGAGAAACAGAAUGAAGGUGGAAGGCAACACGACAUCAUUGUUGUCACCUUAUCUCCAUUUCGGUGAACUUAGUGUGAGGAAAAUCUACCAAGCUGUCAGAAUGAAGCAGAUACAGUGGGCAAAAGAAGAGAAUUCUGAUGCAGAUCUGAGUGUCAACAUCUUUCUAAGGUCAAUUGGUCUUAGAGAAUAUUCACGUUAUCUUUGUUUCAAUUUUCCAUUCACACAUGAGCGGGCAUUGUUGGGAAACUUGAAACACUACCCCUGGCGUGCUGAUGAGGGUCAGUUUAAGUCUUGGAGGCAGGGUAGAACAGGGUACCCAUUGGUGGAUGCAGGUAUGAGAGAACUUUGGGCAACUGGUUGGAUGCACAACCAAACUAGAGUCAUUGUGGCAAGUUUUUUUGUGAAGUUUCUUCUACUUCCAUGGACAUGGGGGAUGAAAUACUUCUGGGACACAUUGUUGGAUGCUGACUUAGAAAAUGACAUCCUUGGUUGGCAGUAUAUAUCUGGUAGCUUACCUGAUGGUCAUGAGCUCAACCGUCUUGACAAUCCAGAGGAUCAAGGUCGCAAAUUCGAUCCUGAUGGAGAAUAUGUUAGAAAUUGGAUUCCUGAACUUGCAAGAAUGCCAACUGAAUGGAUCCAUCAUCCAUGGGAUGCUCCAAGAUCUGUACUAAAGGCUGCUGGAGUUGAGCUAGGUUUAAAUUACCCAAAACCCAUUGUAGAACUUGUUACAGCUCGGGAGCGCCUGGAUGAUGCUGUCGCCAUGAUGUGGGAACUGGACAGAGCUGCAAGAGUUGCAACAUUAAGUGGUUCAGAUGAAGUUGUGGCUGACAAUCUGGUUGGUGUGAAUAACUUGGACAUUCCAAAGGCUGUUGUGAAGAAGGAGGUAUCUUGCACAAGUUCAUCUCUUGAUCAAAGAGUUCCUUCUGUCCAUAAUCUUAAGGGCAGUUCAUGCAACAAGGAACUGAAAAAUCUAAACAGUGAGAGAUCCAAACAGGUUGACAUAAAUAAUCGUGUUGCCAGGAUAGGGACAUCAAAAAUGGACGAAGACCUGUGUUCCACAGCAGAAUCAUCAGCUGCUAGGAAAAGAAGCAUCAGUGAGAGUAUGUGUCCUGUCCCAAAUUCAUGUUUUUCUUUGUCAGAAGUAAAUCAUUCACAUGAUGGUGGUUCUUCCAAGCCACAUAAUUCUAGUGGAUCACCUUCCAUGCAUCCGUGGAAAGAAGAACAUGGCAUCGGAGGAGAAAAGGAGGGAGAUGAUGUUGAUGCUCAAAGUAGCAUUAAGGGCUUGAGACCAUGCAAGAGACCAUCAUAACUCCAGACAAAUAAAAAAGUGGGCCAGCAUCAAAUAUAAUAGGGAGGCUAAUUCGAGAGGACUUGCAUGUUGGUUUCAUUCUGCUCACAAGGAGAGACAUGCUUAAAAUCAAGAAGCAUCCAUCUUGUUGUUGCCUCCCACAAUGCCUGUCUUUUCUGAGAGAGUGUGUGUUGCACAAUCUUUUUUCACUUUAUUUCCCUAGUUGUUUCUCCAUCUUUAUUUUCAAGUCUAAGCUACAAACAAUUUCAUAGUUCCCAUUUCAACCUUUUCCUGGACCGGGGGAAAUAUGAGUUGUCUUCAUCAUCACCUACAUCAAAAUGUUGGGGAUAGGAAUUCAACCCAGCCGUCUGCUACAACCAUCAAAAAGUUGCCAGCUUGAUAAGUCGAUACCUUUUGAAGGCUGUAUUGAAUUUAUUCAUUGAAUUGAACUACCAUCAUUGACCCUAUUGCUUGGAGAGCCCCGCCCCUCUUUGUCAUUGUACUCUUUGCUUGUUGGUAUGCUUCUCUUUACUUGGAAUUCUUUUCCUUUUUUUUUUCGAGAAGAAAGAUGCUGUUGUGGUUCAUGCAAUUAACGGGCAGUUUUUA